AAAGCGUAAACCGGGAGGCGGAGCAGUUAGGGGGUGUUGACGUGUUGAAAGCACUUCCGGUUGCAGCUGUCUGUGGCGAGUUCCUAUAUUCUGAAAAGCCUUCAACCUGUGGAGGAACAUCAUAUGACCAUGUCCUCCCCAAAUAUCAGCUCCUUGUCGUGGGGUCACAUGACAGUGAAGGGCUGCUCCGCCGCCUACAAGGACUGCAAGGUGUGGCCCGGCGGCAGUCGGUCCUGGGACUGGCGUGAGACCGGGACGCAGCACCACCCGGGGGUCCAACCCGCUGAUGUGCAGGAGGUGCUGGACAGAGGAGUAAAGCUGCUGGUGAUUGGCCGAGGCAUGAACAUGGCCCUGCAGGUUCCUGCCUCCACCCUGGACUUUGUGGCACAGCAGGGGGUGGACGUGAGAGUCCUGCAGACGGAGCAGGCCGUCGCCGAAUACAACAAACUGGCCGGCCAGGGCGCCAAGGUGGGCGGGGUCUUCCACUCCACCUGCUGAAGUUGGCGUGCGAGAGACUUUUCACACAUUCUUUCACCGUGGGAAGAGUCAUGUAAUAUUUGCAAUUAAAUAUCGUCAGAGGGUCCAUUUUGU